AUGGGAGUUCUAGGCUUGACGCCUUUCCUCCAGAAAGUCUGCCCAGAGGCUAUCCACAAGUUACCAGACCGCCUGAGGGGACUGACGGGCAAGACGAUCGUCAUCGAUGGCACGCUCAUUACACAACGCUUUCACUUCGCACCGCUCCCUCAUAGGUAUCGACACGUCUUGGGAUGGUACCGGUUGAUGCAGGAAGUGAGGGAGAGCGGCGUGAACGCGAUCUGCGUCUUCGACGGGAAGGAGCGAAGUAUGGCGAAGGCGAGGGAGGUGUCCAGGAGGCGAGAAACGCGAGCGCUAGCUAUGGCCCGCGGCGCACUGGAGGUCGAACGCCUGAGACGACUGCGUGGACUAGAACCCCUCCUCGAACGGUUCAGUCGCCUCGAUGAUGCAGAGAGAACCAGGAUUUUGGAAGCCCUCAAGGCGUCAGCCAAGCCAAUCUCUGGUCUUGACGCGCUCUCGCACGAACAAGAACUCAUCUCGGCGACUGUGGCGGCCAGCAACUCAGCAGAAACAUACACGCGCGCGGUCGAGGACUACGUGAAUCGAAUAGAGGAUGAAGAUUCCGCCGCAGGAACUUACGAUUCUGUACCCGACGUCGAAGACGUCUGGCAUGUCGCCAAUUCGCACCCUCCCGUCCGGACCCAGACUUCUGCUUUACCCCAAUCUCAGAGGACAGAGACCCUUCCUUCCCCGGAGGAUGAAGACGUCGAGCCUUUGGAUGAUCUCGAAGGCGACCCCUUGCCUGACCCCCACACCUCGCUGCCGGGUCUACUCACACAGGAACAAGAGCAUGACUUGCCUCCUUUACCUCCCGCCGAUGGCGAACUCCCCACAACCUCCGCCGUAUCACCCACCGAUAUCACAACCCUUCUUAUAUCGCUAUACCAAGAAUACCGCAGUAGCAUUCCAAAAGUGGCCGCCCUCACUGUCGCGCCAGCGACUCCCGAGAGCCAGAGCGACGCGCAGUCGGACAUGAUUAUGACCAAGGAACAAAGGCAACUCACCCUCGACGAGGGCGGCUUCUGGAAGGAGCUACAAACCUCGCGCGCUUAUUCUACCCGAGGUUCUUCUGGUUCUGCUAAGGCGAAAUCGAAAUACGCCAUCGACACCUUGAUGCAGAAGAGCGCUCUGAUGCACGCGUCUUUCGACCGUCGAGCACAUCCACCGACAGAAGCGACAUAUCGAGAAAGCAAAGAGAUACUUGCCGCGCUGGGUGUGCCGUGCGUUGACGCGACUGGCGCUUUUGAGGCGGAGGCGCUAGCUUCCGCGAUGGUCCUUGGCGGCCUUGCUGACUACGUCGUCAGCGAAGAUACCGACGUCUUGGUCUACGGCGCACCUCUCCUACGCAAUCUCAGCAACCGACAAGGACCUCUCGUCCUGCUGCCAGCGUCUCUCUGGGACCUCCUUCACCUCUCGCGCAAGGAAUACGUCGAUUUCGCUCUCCUCCUCGGGACCGACUUUUCGCAACGCAUCAAGAACGUCGGUCCCGCGCGCGCUCUCAAGUUCAUCCGCACCCACGGCAGCAUUGAGCGCAUCGUAGAUGAGGAGACGAAGUACCCGCCACGGAUACCCGUCGAGGAAUACCUGCACUCAGUCGCCGUUGCUCGUGCCAUCUUCGCGACCCUCCCGGCCCUGCCGGCACCCGAGGCGCUGCAGCAGGGCGAGAUGGAUGAAGUGCAGGUGAAUGAGGUACUGCACAAGUACGAUCUGGAGACCUACCUGCGCGACGAUGAGUGGGAUUACGACAGCGGAGUCGGUACCAGCUUCUUUGGCGAUGACCCUCGGACAUAAUUGGAGGAGCAAAAUCGCAUCGCACGUACUACAGUAUAAUACAAGUCCCAUU